CAACCUGCUUUCGUACUCUUAGUUAUUAAUUCGUAUCCAACUCACUUUGAAAGGCGAAAUGCAAUUAGACGAAGUUGGGGAGAUGGCAAGGAAUACAUCAAUAGGAUCAAUCAUCCUUAUGCUUGGAGGACGUUAUUUGUCAUUGGUAGGACUGGAGACCCAGAAAAGGAUAAGAAAAUCGAAGAAGAAUCUCACAUGUAUGGCGACUUAGUAUUAGGAGAAUUUAUUGAUUGUAUGAAAAAUUUAACCUACAAGACCUUACUCGGAAUGCAGUGGGCUCAUCGGAACUGUCAGCCCAAAUUUUUCUUCAAAGGUGAUGACGAUAUUUUCGUCAAUGCUCCACUCCUAUUUGAUGCUAUCCGAGAAUUUGCUCUAACACGAUACGACGAAGACGUCUGGAUUUGUCGCUCUUCUCACUCUCUUCUAGCUCGUAUGGUCGUUCGCGAUAGACGGAAUAAGUACUUCGUAUCAUAUGAAGAUUAUCCUGCUGAUCAUUUUCCUAAAUUUUGCUCUGGUUUUGCCUACGUAAUGUCGGGAUCGGUCGUCAAAAAGUUACUUUUAGCUAUCAAAUCUGUUCGUGUGAUUAGUAGUGUGGAUGACGUUUACGUCGCCAUUUUGGGUAGACAAUUCAAUGUCAUUCCUCAA